AUGGCUGAACAAUCUCAAGUUCAAACCUCUGCUGAUGCUGCUAGUUCAAAAGCAGUCAUUGACUCCUCUCAUCCUUACUUCAUAUCAUCUUCAGAUUCACCUGGUACUCUCCUUGUCAAUUCGGUUUUCGAUGGAAAAAGCUUUGGUGGGUGGAAAAGAGCUAUGUGGAUAGCUUUAACCGCAAAGAACAAGUCUGGUUUUGUUGAUGGAACAACUAAGGAACCAAUGGAGGGAUCAGAUCUGCGCAGUGCUUGGUGUAGAUCCAACAAUAUGGUAAUUUCUUGGCUGUUAAACUCCUUGUCUAGAGAUAUUUCUGAGAGUGUGCUUUAUUAUGCUACUGCUAAAGACAUUUGGGAGGAAUUGGAGGCUAGAUUUGGUCAGAGUUCAGGUGCUAGACUCUACCAGCUCCAAAAAGAACUCAGUGACCUCGUUCAAGGACCAUCUGAUAUAGCCACUUAUUUCACUAAAAUCAAACGACUGUGGGAUGAAUUAGACACUCUAGACUCAUUUAUUCCAUGUUCUUGUGAUUGUACCUGUAAGGCAAAGGAGAAAAACAUUAAGUCAAAACAAGAUGAAAGACUAGUUAAGUUUUUGAUGGGACUGAAUGAUUCAUACUGUGGUGCUAGGGGAAAUAUUCUUAUGAUCUCACCUUUACCUACUAUCUCAAAUGCUUAUGCACUGUUAGUUUAA